CUUUAUUUCCUCUACAUUUAAUUGAAUUAUUAAUCUUUAAAAGAGAGACAAAAUUAACACCCCUUUGUUUUCCUGUGUUUAUAUAUGUGAUUUUUGGUGGUUUUGAUGUUUUAACUGAAGUUGCAUUGUACGGAAAUUCUUUGUCUGUUAAUGUUCAUUAUUGUUGCCGUUGUUGUUGUUGCCAUUGUUGUUUUUCUUUUUUCCGGAACUUGGGGUUCCUUAAGCUGCGGGUCUAUCGGAAACCACCUCUAUACCUCCCAAUGUAGAGUUAAGGUGUACACUGUAUCUUUCCCAAACCCUACUUGUGCAAUUACGCUGGUAUGUUGUUGGAGGUUGGGGUUAUUUGAGUUGAAGGUCUAACGAAAACAACCUCUCGACCUCCCAAGAUAGGGGUAAAGUAUGUAUACUCUAUCCUUUCCAGAACUUACUUGUGGAAUUAUACUGGUCACUGGGUAUGCUGUUCGAGGUUGGGAUUUCUUGAGCCGAGGGUCUAUUGAGAACAACCUCGCUACCUCCCAAGAUAGGGGCAAAGUAUGCAUAUGCUCUAUCCUCUCCAGUCCCGACUCGUGGGAUUACACUGGGUAUGUUGUUGGGGCUUGGGGCUUCUUGAGCCGAGGUUCUAGCGAAAACAACCACUCGACCUCUGAAGAUAGGGGUAAGAGUCGAUCAAUCAUCAAAUUAUUGAAGAAGUUAACUGGCCUUGUGUUGCAAAUUGCUGUCAUUGUAUGCUGGUCGUGUCUUUACUACGUCACUAUUGAUAGUACUAUGAAGCAUUCAAAGGAUCCUUUUGAAGCUUCCAUUGAGGAAGAGGAGGGCUCACACCCUGAAUCUCCUGUUGGACUUGAUGAGAAUGAAACUGAAGACCAAGCUGCACUUAGUGGUAGUGCUCAUGGAGGUGAUGAUGCCAAUAUCAAUCCUGGUCCUGAAAAUUGUUUGACAUCUAGAGCUGUACCAAUUUCUGUUGGUACUGCUGGUUCAAGUAAUAAAAUCAAAGAGGAAGAUGAGGAGGAAGAGGAAGAAAAUAUGGAUGUGCAGUUUGGAAAGUUCCCAUCAAGCAGUGAUCCUGAUAAAGUGGUAAAGAUGCACUAGACUGGUGAUGGAUGAGAGGAAGGAUACAGGGCCUAUCAGACCGUGUCACAUGAGAGAAUCAUAUAGAAGGCUAAAACUUGAAGGCAAGAUUCCAAAAGCAUCAGUGCCAAGACUUUUCCGUUAGCCGACAACGGAAGCUACUUGUGCUAUUAUUUCAGUUUCAGGCCAUGUAAACAUAGCUAGCUCGCAGAGUUUGGGAAGAAAUGCAGAUGCUUUUGGAUAGCCUGUUUAAAUCUUGCAGAACCUAUUCAUUAUAUUCUUCCAUCAGAAGGAAGUAAUGCUGUCAUUUGGAAAGAGCAAGGAUGUUAUUAUACCCCAUGGUCCUGAACCCAAAAAUGGAGAAAGAGAAACAAAUAUUCUUGAACAUCUUGGUUAAAACAUUAUAGCAUUGCUUUAUUUCUUCAGGGCAGAAUAUGCUGAUUACGUUAAUCCUAAUGUUUCUAUAUAGUUUUGUCAUCUUGGUCUUUUUUGUGCAUAAAUUACUGUUAGCUUGGAUGUACAAGCCCUUGGCAUCAUCAAUUGGAUGAGUUAAUACUCGUAUAUUAAACUUUUGGUGCACCCCAAAUGAAUAAAAACGAUUUAAUGUAACGCUUAUUCACUUGCUA